UCACUCAGUCCGUCUCCUCCCCGCGUCCUCCGGUUCAUGGAUUAUACGGUCUCCCUGCAAGUGCAACAUCAGCUGGCGGUGUUCCCCACGCACUUCUACCAGGGCUACAGUGUGGAGUUACAGAUGAAGUCAACAGAGGUGGACCAAGGGCUUUUCACAGACAGCUACUGCAGAGUCUGCAGCGCUCAGCUCAUCUCCGAGUCCCAGCGGGUCGCUCAUUAUGAGAGCCGGAAACAUGCCAACAAAGUCCGGCUGUAUUACAUGCUGCAUCCAGUCGAUGGAGGCUGCCCCGCCAAGAAGCUCAGGACGGACAAUGGCGGCGACGAAGGCGACGUGGACAAGAACAAGUGCUGCACGCUGUGCAACAUGUCUUUCACGUCAGCGGUCGUGGCACAGUCACACUACCAGGGUAAAAUCCACGCCAAGAGGUUAAAACUGCUCCUGGGGGAGCAGCCGGCCAUCACCGCCAAAGAGGCGUCGCCCAGCCCUGUCAAGAGUUCGCCGGAAACCUCUCCCAUGACUUCCCCCCGCCAGCGCCGGGACUCGGACCGCUACUGUCAGCUAUGCAACGCCUGGUUCAACAAUCCCGGGAUGGCCCAGCAGCAUUACGACGGGAAAAAGCACAAGAAGAACGCAGCCCGGGCCGACCUGCUGGAGCAGCUGGGCAAAACCCUGGACAUGGGCGAGAUGAAAGGUCUGAAAAGAAGCUACACAUGCGAUGUCUGCAGCGUCACGUUGAACUCGGUGGCGCAGUACCACGCACACCUGCAGGGCUCAAAGCACCAAAACAAUCUGAAGAAUCAAAUCUGUGUCCAGUGAUCGUGGACGAAGGGAAACUCACAACUCUUGGAUUGAUGUCAGACAAGCUGCCGUCAGCUUGCCCUGCUUUUUCUGCCUCUGCCCCGCGCCCAGUGUCCACCGUCCUCCUGCCAUCCGUCUCUCUCUCUCUCUUCUGUCUUUCACCGUCAGUCUCCAGCGGAGGGAAGCAAAGAUGUUUCACCACCCAGUAGCAUCCCUCACCAGCAGGAGAGUCCAUCGCACGCCGGCGUCCAGCUGGUAGCCAGACCCGGCAGCCCUUCCAGUAAUGCAUGGACUCAAUACAACUGUACAGUUUACAUGAUGCAGGUCGACGGCGAAGGUGGUGCGUUCAACUCUGUGAGCACCAGUUAACAUCAUGUCACAGAACUGGUUUCACACCCUGGGAGUCAGCGGCCUGUCCCCGCUGUCAAGAAGACGUCAUGUUCCACAGUUCACUCGGAUUGUGUUCAACCCUCUCAAUUCAGGCUUGUGUCGAUCUGACUGGAGCAGCUCUGCGAUCUGUGUGGUCUUCAUCUCAGGGAGGUGUUUGUGGCUGCUGCGUUCUCACACUGAAAGUGUCGUUCAUGUGAACUGAGGCAUCCACUCAUGAAUGACUCAAUAAUCCAGUCACAAAAGUUCAUAUUGUGCGGUGUUUCAAGAGGGUGGAUCAGCUUUAUCCAUGCGUACGCUGCUGAUCGAGGUCGGGAGUCCGAUGGAAGAAUUACCUUGAAUUUUAGUGUAAAAAGGUCCAGCAAUUCCACCUUAAAUAGUGUCCCUGAUGGACAUCCCCAUGACAACCCUCGGGGGUGGGGAGGAAGGGAGGCCUCUUCCAGACCGUGGAUGCCUUUUGUGAAGCCACCCUCUCCAUGUGGAAGAUGGGACGAGCAACAAUGGUGGCUUCUCACUACUCACUACACCACUACUACGUUUUGGCACUUCUAGUAGUUUCUCUGUUUUCAAUGCUGUGGUUCUAAAUAUAUAAUGAACAGACUAUUUCAGUGCAGAAGGACUUUUCAGUGGUGAUGGGUGGGUGACUGAAGUAUUGAAGGGUUGAUGAGGUUUCAUGAAACAGUGUCCUGAUUCUCAGAGGCCACCAGAUGGAGCUGUCUGCUGUAAACUGUUUGGAACUAAUUCAAUGAAACCUCACAUCAUUCCAAAACCAAGAGCGCCAUCUAGUGGCCUCUGAAAAUGACUGACACUGCUUUUUCAACCCUGCAGUACUGUUUCACGACACCUCAUCGACCCAUCACCAGUUUUCUGUAAAAUGUUCUGACUGAAAACCAGUAAUUUUUCCACCGGUCUUAAUGUUUUGACCAGCCGCGUAUGAACAUAUAUAUACUGUAUAUGUAUAUCUCAAAGCUAAUGUAGCAUUUGUCUUUCUCACGUCAUGUUGAAGGAAUACUACUAUACAGGGCGGUGUUGUUAAUAGAACAGAGUAUUUUACUGUUUGCAGUAGAAAUGCUUUCUUUAUCCAUAGUGUUGGAAGCGUAGCUGAUUCCAUGCUCAUAGGUGAGUUUUUAACCAAUACGAACGGACUAACCGGUUGAUGUCAGAGCCACUGCCGACCACAUCAAUGUGUAUUGUUUGUACAAUAUCCUUUUUUAAGAACAAUAAAUGCACGUUUGAAUUCCUCGACUGAUGAGGACGAGGAAGGGUGUCCGGGCAGU